AUGCCUGUGAUCAAGACAACAACUGUGAGUUCAUCAGGCAACUCUGCAUCAGUCCACACCAUCAGUUUUAAGGGAAUUUCCGGGGGGAUAUUCUUCUGUCUGGCUCUAGCCUUGGUGCUAUAUGUUGUCGGGUUUGCGACUACCGGUUGGACGAUCGUAUUGAACUCACAUUUUGGCUUGUGGGAGUCAUGCGUCUGUGGUAGAGCACCAUCUGGAGCAGAUUGGUUUCGUGCAGUGCAGGCUAUGAUUAUAAUUGGACAUGUAGGUCUUGUAGCGUGUAUGAUUUGCGUCUUCAUUUAUAUGUGUGUCCACGCUGUCAAUAAAACCAACACUAUUCUGGCCUUAACAAUAAUCUGCUUUGUCACUGUUUUAUUCAUGUUGGUUGGAUUCAUCGUCUACGGGGCUAAAGCGACCAAUGUUUCCUGGUCAUUUGUUCUCUGUGUCGUCGGAGGUAUUUUCACGCUCAUCGCUGGUGUUCUAUCUGUGGUACAAAUGCGACAAUCACGAGGCAUAACAGACUGA